AUGACGUUUUACAUCAUCUGUCAUUUUGCCGAUUUAACUGAGGAGCAAGGCGCAAUAAUAAGGUACCUCGCUGAGCUAGAUUUUUGUGCGACUGUCAAGGAUAAUUCCCAUGGCUGGGUUAUUCGUGUGAUCGAAAGAUUGGUUGGAAUGCAGAUCGUUGCAGCUUCAAAGAUUCUGAUGGCAAGAUCCGUGCUGCAGCUAGUUUGA